CCGACACUGCCCCGCACUCUCACUUAACCUCCACUCAGUGCCGGACGGGAAGAUAACUUAAAGUAGUUUUUUUUAUUUUGAAGUAGACCCUCCUCCUCGCUCACCGUCGCCCUUGACAACGACGCCGACGCGUCUUAUUCAACUUUCAGCGCAAACAGAGGAGUUACUCAAGUCCCGGAGCCGCUCCAGCGAUGGUGACUUUACGCACGGGAUCUGAAGGCUGCUCCAACUGACCGCUCUUGUUUUUCUCCUCCUCGCUGAAACUCUUCCUCAUCGCCCGCAACGAUCUCCAAGUUUGUGUGUGUGUGUUUUUUUUUUGUGCCGGAAAACAACGCAGCGAAUGCCCAGUCAGUGAAUCCAGGUAACGUUCAUGAAUUUCAAAGCCAGCUGCAAGUGAGAAGAGGGUGUCGGAGUUGAACUCUCUUAUUUCUAACGAUGUCUUCCAUGCGAGGAACACCUCCCUUUCAGCCACAGUCUGAGGAGGAGGACGCGAUGGGUCAUGACCACGCGGCAUGGACCAGCGAGGAGCGAGAAGGCCCGAAGGAGACGCCGUCUCCCUCCUCGCAUGAGCGACCCCACCCAGACGAGCUGCAGCCAAUCCGGGAGAAGCUUACUGAGUCGGACUGGGGGAGCAUGGUGCCUGCUGUGGUGGACAACGAGAGCAGUAAAGGCUGCUCGCUCUACUCCUACCGGACCAACUCCACCUCUCCGCCCAAGCCGGAGGAGGGCUCCAGGGACCGCGGGGAGCCGAUGAUCGGCCUCGUCUUCGGGACGCCGGAGCGCCGCAAGGGGAGCCUGGCAGAUGUGGUGGACACGCUGAAGCAGAAGAAACUGGUGGAGCUGACCAAGACGGAACAAGACGAGCCAACUUGCAUGGAGGGGCUCCUCUCAAAGGACUGGAAGGAGCACGUUGACCGCCUCCAUGCCGACCAACUGCUCAGGGAGGUCAAAGGUACGCCGGAGUCGCUGGAGGAAAAGGAGCACCAACUUUCCACCAUGAUCGGUCAGCUGAUCGGCCUGAGAGAGCAGCUCCUCUCCGCCCACGAUGAGCAGAAAAAGAUGGCCGCCUCACAGCUGGAGAAGCAGAGGCAACAGAUGGAGCUGGCCAGGCAGCAGCAGGAGCAGGUGGGGGGUCUGAGUCACUCCUUCCAGCGGAAACUUUUAAAUCACAAGUGUCACCCGCGAAGACACUUAGAGUGUCGCGGUACAAAGGGACAGCGUCGGCAGCAGCUCCUGCAGCAGCAGCACAAGAUCAACAUUCUGCAACAACAGAUCCAGGUCCAGGGUCACAUGCCUCCUCUGAUGAUCCCGGUGUUUCCUCACGACCAGCGCUCUCUGGCUGCCGCCGCCCAGCAGGGCUUCCUCUUCCCGCCGGGCUUGUCCUACAAGCCGGGUGACAAUUACCCCAUGCAGUUCAUUCCAUCUACAAUGGCAGCUGCAGCGGCGUCCGGACUCAGCCCUUUGCAACUGCAGCAGCUGUAUGCCGCCCAGCUGGCGAGCAUGCAGAUGCCUCCUCUCCCGCAGGCCAACAACUCCUCUGGUCCCCUCUCCCCCUCCGCCCUGAAGAGCGAGAAGCGAGCAUCCAGUCCCAUGCCGAACAUUAAGGAGGAAGCGACCACGCAGCCGCUGAACCUCUCAGCCAGAACCAAGCAGGCGGAGCCUCUCCGCUCCCCGACUUCCCGGACGCACGGCCCGUAUUCCGGCAGCAAGUCCAGCCCGACCGGCGGGGGCAAGGGCCGCAUCCCCAGCCCCAUGGCCCACGUGAGCAGGAACCCCUCUAAAAACAUCCUGUCCCACCUCAAUUCACAGGGGCUCUUUGGGGACCAGCACCCCCUGUUUGAGGCCCUCCGGGAGGGCGCGAGAAUUAGGGAACAGAUCACGAGGGAGCAGCUCCACCACCAGCAGCACCCGCAGCACCCGGGGCAUCACAGCCUGGAGGCCAAGCUGUCCGCCCUCAGCAGCAUGAGCCUCAGCAACGGCAACAAGGAGCGGCUGCACUACGAGACGCUGAGCCAGCACCUGGGGAGGCUCGGGGAGGACGCUGGGAAGAUGGUGCAUCGAGUCAUCGACCUGACGAGACCAGAAGACCUGGACGGAAGCAGCAUCACGGAGGCCAGGGUGUUCAGGGAGGCACGGGGCAGGAGCAACGCCGAGCCCCACAUCAAGAGGCCCAUGAACGCCUUCAUGGUGUGGGCCAAAGACGAGCGGAGGAAGAUCCUGCAGACUUUCCCCGACAUGCACAACUCCAACAUCAGCAAGAUCCUGGGUUCUCGCUGGAAAGGCAUGACCAACCAGGAGAAGCAGCCGUACUACGAGGAGCAGGCCCGCCUGAGCAAGAUCCACCUGGAGAAGUAUCCCAACUACAAGUACAAGCCGCGGCCCAAGAGGACCUGCAUCAUCGACGGCAAGAAGCUGCGCAUCGGCGAGUACAAGCAGAUGAUGCGGUCGCGGCGCCAGGAGAUGAGGCAGUUCUUCGUGGGGCCUCAGCCCCCGAUGCCUCUCGGCAGCAGCCCCGGAGGAGUGGGAGUUUACCCCGGCGCAAUAUCCAUGGCAACCGCCACGACAUCCCCACACCUGACCUCAGACUGCUCCAGCAACUCAGCCAGCCCCGAACCGGCCAUCCCCGUCAUCCAGAGCACGUACGGGAUGAAGGCCGAGCCCGGGGGCGGCAAUGGCGGCGGGGUCGGAGCCUUGGAGCUGCAGAGCGACCCCGCCAACGGAGACGACGACAUGGACAUGUACGAGGACUUUGAGGACGAGCCCAAGUCGGACUAUAGUAGCGACCACGAGACACGGGAGGCCCUCAGUACCAACUGAGAGGAGAAGAAGAAAAUAAAACCCCUGUUAUACUCAGAGGCACUUUUAAAAAAAAAUGUUUAUUAAAGUCCUUGAGGGCCACCUAUCGGGACGCGAACGCAGCGGACAUGCCGGGACAGCCAUCGGACGGCGUCUCGACAGACGGACGACGAACAACGUGACCCAAGAACAAAAAGAAAAGACAUCUUCAGACAUCCGACUGACACAGACCUUCAGGUUCCUUCGCCGUGACAAUCUUAACAGUUCCAGGACAGAAAGCAGAUGAGAGAGAGAUUGGGACGAAGGACAGACGAGCGAGGGACACAUUACUGUGUGGUUUGUAGAGAGUAUCGUGCAUGGAUUGAGAAACAUCGGGGAUUGGUCUUCAACAGCUAUUUGGUCUUAAUGUUUAAGGAGUGAUUUAGUUUUCGUCAUCAUGUAUUUACCUUUUUUGUGUUUUUGUUUCAUUGUUUUUUCUUCUAUAGACUUUGUUUCUGACAGGUCACUUGCCUGUACAAACUCUGGACUGUGGGAACUUGAAAUUUGAAAAGUUUUAAUAUAAAUCCUAGCUAUUGUAAUCUUAUAGUCUUAUCUUUGUUUCUUACACGGCGCAUCUACAUCUUGUUUUGCUGACAAACUGCUUAUAUUACAUUACUGUUUUCCCUUUUUUUAUAUCCCAGCUCAGGUAUGAUGUGCCAGAUGUGCUUGUGAAUGUGUUUUUUUUGUUUGUUUCUUUUCAUACAGAAAAAGUGGUAGGACUUUUCAGACUGUCAAUUAUCACAUCAUUAUUAUUAUUAUUAUUAUUAUUAUUAUUAUUAUUAUUAUAACUAAGUACCCAGGCAUUGUACAGAUUUAUUUCAAAUGUGCCAAACCUACACUCACAUUCAUUCGGGAUGUUGUAGUCUUAACUUCUAAUCCUGCAAAAAAAGUCUUAUUUAAUCAUCUUUUUUCUAACUGAUGAGAUUAAUUCCUACUUGGUAACUGCUGGCUUCCCUCCCGAGCCGAUCACAGGCCGAGCUCGGGGAGGAUGUGCUUUCAUCACGCUCGCUCAGUCGAAAUCACACGCGCACACACGCACGCACGCACGCACACACACACACACACACAUUGUGCUGUAGUUACGAAUGCUGACAUUACAUGUUGGAGUCUUAGAAGUGUCCCCACACUUUGUCCAUUCAGCGUCAUAGAAACGGGGACGAGCAGUAUCAGCAUCACCCCCCUGGAGAGAAAUACGCUGUGUGUUUUCAAUCGGUACAAAAUGUUACUGGUUUAUGAACCAGUUGAUAAUUGUAGAUCUCGUCUCAGCAUCACGUGGGAAAGAUAAACUAAAAUAAUGUUUAAAAAAAUUCAUAUGGUUCAAGAAAAUGAAAUGAAGGUUUAAGAGGUCUGUUAUUUCAAAAGGUACUUAUUUUCUAUACUGCAUCUAUAUUUUGAAGACGAGUAAAUUAUUAAGAGAAGAAUGGAGCAAUAAAGAGUACUGUGUCUUCUUUCCCUGAAGGCACAAUAUUUUGUCUUUGUCUCCUUUCCCCCAAAUCAAUUUUUAUCUCCAACAUUUUCACCUUCGACCUACGGAUGGUUUCCGAGUGCUCUCCUUACGUGUUACCUGUUUCCCACGUCUCCGUGUUUCUCCCCAUAACUCGCAGUGAAAAAAAGCCUCAUGCAAAGACAUUUCUGUUAUAGUGUCGUAAGCAUCCUAAGCACUGGAUAGAAAUUCUAUGUUUCUUUUGUUUUUUUAGUAUUGACUAAUGUGAAGUUGUUGUUUGAUUUUCAACAUGAUAAAUUAGAACAGUCAAAAGUCACAUGUGUGGGAAAAGCCUCGUGCGAGCUGGGCUCGAGGAAGUUGCCAUUUCUUUAGAAGCAUUUCAUCGAAGCGAGUCGCGAUGCUGCAGCUCUCGUGCCGCCUCAGUGGGGGUCACGUCGCCCCCCCCCCCCGGUCUCUUUAAAACCUCGUGCUCUUGACAGCUGUGACCUGCGGAAGCUGAACACACGUUUCCUGGUCGCAAUACUUUUUUUUUUUGUGAUGAGUAUUGUAUUUGAAAUUCAAUUGUGCGUUUUAACAUUUCAUUGUAUUUAUUAGCCGGCUUUGGCUCUAAAAGUGUCAGUACAACUUGGUGAGAAAGACAAUCAAAAAAAAUAAAUAAAUAAAAAGUAAAGCCUU